AUGCCCGGCCAUUUAAGAAACUUGCCGUGUCCUACUUCAUAUCGUGGUCUGUUUCUCUUCCAUCCCCCCAUCUACCUCUCUCCAUCAUCUCUCCAUUUUCCCGGUACUUCCUUCACCACCAACACUAUCAUAAGAACACUUCUGAUCGCGGGUGGCGUGCUUGUAACUUCAAGCGCUUCCAAAUCCUCUUUCCCGUAUCGGGGGAUUCGGUAAUUGCGAGCAGGAUGCCACUGGUGUGAUUCGCGGGUUAGGGUUAUCUCCCUCAGCUGUCUAAUGACCCUGAUUACAGGGGCCAUUGUCAUCAAUCGAAUCAUACUGUACGAGCAACAUCAACAUUGUCUUGGUAAACUCCGGCAGUGGCUAUCUUGUUAUCACUCGGAAAUACACAUUUUCUGUUGACGGGAGAGGGAGAAAAGGGGAGAAAAGGGGAGAAAAGAAAAGAAAGGGGAGAAAGAUGAACAUCUGUCCUUUAAAGCGAAAUUAAAAACCUCUACAAUUCACAACCG